GCGCGGACUUAUUAUACAUAUUACAUAACACAUUUUAUAGUCAUGGGUCUGUCUCUUAUAAGUUUAGUUAUUGCCCAGAAUAUUUUAUUUGUAUCAGUCAAUUCGCUCUUCAGUAAAGAUGUCUAUUGCAUCAUUGAUAAGGGCGUUCCUAUUUGUAAAUCGGUUGCACCAAGUCGACGGACAAUAGUGAAUAAUAAAAUACCAAUUAAUGAACCAUACAUUCCUAAUACUCAACCAGCUAUAUUUUAUAACUGUUCAAACCUUAUAUGCGAACCUAUAAAAUUAUAUUCAGUAUCACAACUGACAAAUCCUGACAAUAGUUUAAGAUAUUGUCAAAAAGAACAUUUGGAAAAUUACAAUUGUCAGAUACUUAAAUACCAUUUCAUGAAAAAUAUUGACAAAUUACUAUUCUUGAAGAACAAUAUACCUGAUAAAGAAUUUUAUUUAGUUAACUGCAUGGUUUAUCCUGACGGAGGCCACAUUUGCCAUAGAAAUAAUGGCAGUGACAAUCAAGGCCAUGCCAAACUAGUUGAUACGGCAAAUAUUGUCCGCCCACUAGAAGAUAACGUACUAUCACAGGAUGAAUACCUUUGCGAGGAAAGUAAAGAAAGAAACAUCGCUUGCGAUUUGAACCGUUACGUUCCUUAUAUAUCGGGACUCAAGCAAAAGGAACCAAUAAUUAGCGACGAUAAAAUUCUUCUUAAAACAGGCACUUAUUUAGUAACUCUUAAGUAUACAUGCGUGGGUAGCUGGUGCGGUUAUGUUGGUAACUAUUCUCAAACUCGAAGGGCAUAUAAUCCUCCUGGUGGUAGUAUAUAUCGAUGUUAUUAUGCAAAGCAGCAGCAGAUAUGUAAAGAACUCUAUCCUAGUGGUAAAAAAUCAGUAUAUAAUGAACGAGAUUGGCUAAGUACGUAAAGCAGUGAUCUCAAAGAUAAAUAAAAUGUACAAAAGUUUUAAUAUAAUUAUUCACAACAUUGCCUGUUUUGCAGUAAAUGUUAACUAUAAUUUUAAAUUUCUGUAGAAACCUGAGUGAAUACUAAUAUAUAUAAUGCAUGUUAAUUCUUUGUUAAAUUAUUUUAGUCGUAAUUAAAAUUUCUAAGUUGC